AUGGAGACGACAUUCAUCUCAAUCCACGACCUUACUGCCGAAGCCCGUAUCCUCUACUCCUCCGAUUCUGUCAUAGACAUUCUUGGCUACACACCAGAUGAAAUCGUCAACCGCUCAGCAUGGGAUUUCUUCCCUGCCGACGAGCUCCCAUACGCUCGCAAAUUCCACGAGAAGCGCGUGCAGAUGGACAAAGCGGCGGUGCUAGCCUACUGCAGAGUAAGAGACAAGCAAGGAGGCUGGGUCGGUUGCGAGUGCUGUUUUACGAUUGUCUACGACGUUAUGAUUGUCUGUACGAGCAUAUACAGGACAGGCUUGGCGAGUCAGACCGCAGAGCGAGCCCUGGAGGCACCUAUGGUGCGGCGUCUGUUCACUUCGUCGCCGACAGACCCACGUUAUCACAUGCUUUCACAUAUUUCGGCGAAGUUCAAGCAGCCAGCGAAGCUCCAAAAUCACGAGCCACGGGCGGCGCUCUUUCUGAAUCGAUUCACACGGACACUAACCAUUAUGUAUGCAACUAGCGGUCUACAGGAGGUCAUCGGCAUCCCAGCGGAGGCGAUGCGAGGACGAAGUUUCUAUUACUGCAUCGCCGAGAACUGCUUGCAGGAUGCGGUCAAGUGUCUCGAGAACGCCAAGGCAAACGACUCGAUAGCAUACCUUCGGUUCUGGUUUAGAGACCCACGAGUGGACGACCCGCCACCGCCUCCGGACGAAGACAGCGACGAGGAGAUGACGACCGAAAUGAGCACUGACAUGUCGGAAGACGGUGGCGUCAACUUACACAGCGGAUCGAAUACGUCGCCUGAAAGUGCCAGCUCGUCGCACUCGAAUGCCGCGUCGAGCGACAGCAUGGAGAUGGAGGGCGUGCAGAGUGAUGAGCAACCCAGUUCGCGGACCUCUUCUGGUGACAGCAUGAACCAAGCAGACACGCACCAGGCCAUCUUCGGUCACUCUCUGGAAGCACAGUCGUCUGCCUCGUCGAUUGCGCCAUCGCCGGGUGAUAACCCACCGCCAGCGCCAACGAGAGCUAACCCGGCGGACCCGAUCGAGCUGGAAGCGGUCAUCUCCUGCGCCUCGGACGGGCUGGUCGUAUGUCUCCGAAAGGCUCGUCCAAUGAUCCCGCAUCCUACGCAUCGUCCAUCAAAGCCCGUCUACCAGAACGGUCUUUUCGCCGCACCCUGGGCGGUCGAGCCCACACUCCCGCCCAUCGAGGCUCGGGCGGGUGCAGGCUUCGGUCCGGCAUUUGCGCCUUCACUGGGUCCUCGAGGUGCAGCCCGCGCGUCCCCAGUCAGUGCGUCUGGGCCGGACAACCAGGACUUCAUGGCCGCGAUCCGCGAACAAGCCAUCUUUGCGUGGGCGCUUACUGGAAUUAACGGAGUACUUGCCGAGCAUGCGCAGGGGAAGCCCAGGGGCGAGAGCAUGCCGGAGGAUGGGUUUCCAGUGUGGACCAGCGACCCGCGGUAUGGCACUGCGGAUUUUGAGCGGAGUGACAGCGCGAACGGGAGCAUGAGCAGUCACAGCGGCCAUGGCGGCUAUGUGAAUGGAGGGCAAAACCAGCCCGAUGGAGUUGGCGUGAGUGCGCAGUUCUUCGGCGACCCAGGACUAGACCGAGCGAGUCGGAGUGGCAGUUCUACAGCAAGCGGGAAUGGGAAUGGGAAGAUGGACGGUUAUCCAAAUGGAAACGGCACUGGGCGUAGGACGGAUGCAUACGCCUAUGCGAGAUGA